AUGUCGGUUGCUGGAAAGAUGGAUGCAUCAUCGUCCAAGAUCCCACAAGACAAUGGAGCUGAGUCAUCUAAGAAAGGAAAUGAAGUUGGAUAUGAAGACCACCAAACUACUGAUAGGCAUGGGAAGAGGAAGGGAGCAGAAACCCCAUGUGAAGAAGCUUCUCAGGCGAAGAAGUUUAAAAAAGUUGUUGUGUCAAGGUCUGAUGUUUGGAACCACUACAGCAGAACAACGCAGAGCCGUGACAGGUGCAUUUGCCGCUACUGCCAAAAGGUGUUUUCAUGUGCAACCAAAUCAGGAACUUCCAAUCUCCAGAAGCACUUGCUCAUCUGCAAAGAGUACCAGGCGCACUUGAUUAGCAAAGGGAAGAAUCAAACUUCCAUUGAUGAUGAAGGGAGUUUGAAGCCAUCAAAAGUACCUGAGAAAGUUGUCAGAGAAGCGGCGAAUGAGUUAUUGGUCAAUCUUUACAAACCUCACUCAAGGCGAACUGCUACUGGAGACAUUGUGGAGAUGUUCCUGAAGAAGAAAGAGGCGUUGAAUAAAUGGUUGUACACUAGCCAACAAAGAGUUUCCCUCACCACUGACAUUUGGGUUUCUCAAGUGACAUGUGUAAGUUACAUGGUUGUAGCUGCACAUUUUGUUGACACAACUUGGGAGCUGAAGAAGAUCAUCCUUGGUUUCAAACUGGUCAUGGAUCAUAAAGACAAUGCUACUGCUAACACCUCUGCUCUUAGGCGUUUCCAUAAUGAAUUUAGAUCAGUCUCGCCUGAUGCUUUAGUCUUAGAUGGUAACUUUCUUCAUAUGAGGUGUUCUGCACACAUUAUCAACUUGAUAGCUAGGGAGGGUCUAUGUGAUUUAGGGGAAAAUGUGUUGGCAAUCCGCAAUGCAGUCCAGUAUGUCCAGUCUUCUACCAAUAGGCUAAACGCGUUUGACCAAAGAGUUAUUACUGGAAAGAUGACAAGAAGAAGUCUGCCGAUGGAUGUUAAGACUAGGUGGAAUUCAACCUUCCUCAUGUUAUCUAGAGCCUUGCAGUUCAAAGUGGCGUUUGAUAGGAUGGAAGCAGAGGACAAAUUGUACAAUGACUACUUUUUAGAAGUAGAAAAUGGUGUUAAGAGGUGUGGACCACCUGGUCUUAGUGACUGGAAUGCUGUGGAGAAGCUAAAGAGGUUCCUAGUCAUCUUUUAUAAUAGUACUUUAGUUGUCUCAGCUUCCUCAAAGGUGAAUUCCUACAAAUGCUAUGGUGAGAUAGUGACUGUUGAGAGGAAUCUCACAACACUGACCUGCAACUUGGACCCGUAUUUGAAGUUGAAAGUUGAAGACAUGUUGCAGAAGUUCUUGAAGUAUUGGGACGGCAUGAAGAAUGUGAACAAGAUGUUGAUUUUUGCAGCAAUCAUCAAUCCCAGGAAGAAGAUGACUUACCCAAACUUCUGCUUUGAGAAGCUGUAUGGAAAAGACUAUACAGAAGCCAAAGAAAUGAGUGAAUCUGUGCUUGAUCUCCUUACCAGUAUGUUCAAUGAGUAUGCUCGCCGAUUCAAAGGGGUUAGUACUGGAUAUUCUCAGUUGAAGCAGGCUGAAUCUGUUGUUGUUCAGGAGAGUCAGGAUCAUUUGGAUAGGCUAAAGCUGGUUGUUGAAGACUUUGGGUAUUUGAGAAUGGAUUCUGAGUACAAGAAUCUUGCUGUUGAUUCAGGAAAUGAGCCAAGGUAUGAGCUGGAGAUGUACCUAAGGGAACCUGUUGAGAAUCAGAAGCUUAUGAUGGGAUUUGAGUUCGACAUACUCGGUUGGUGGAAGGUCCACAGAAUCAAGUUUCCUGUGCUGGCAGAGAUGGCGAGGGAUUUACUUGCGAUGCAGGUUUCAUCAGUGGCUUCAGAAAGUGCUUUUAGCACAAGUGGUACAAUCUUGGAGCCAUAUAGAAGCUGUUUAACCCAUUACUUGAUCGAAGUUUUGAUGUGUAGUGAGCAGAUUUUAGAAGAAUUUGAGCAGCUAGACAAGCUUGAGAAAGAUUUGGUUCUUAGGAAAACAUCACGUGCACCUACUUAUUCCCAGAUGUUUGGCGACCAUGUUGGGACAUCUUAUUCCGGCCCAUCAUUUUCGGAGGUAGUUCCUGACUCACAGAUAUCUCAGAGAGUUUUUUGGACCCCUCCUCCUCAUGCACCUCAGAUACCGGCUCAGAUGCCUCCACCUCCUCCCCCAGCACCUGAGCCUGCCCUAGCAGCUGGAGUUCAUUCAGAUUUGUGUGUGCCUCCAUCUACACCAUACGCAGGAUAUAUAGUGGAGGAUCUUUUUGUCCAGCCUGGACGAGAGGAUUUAGAUAUUCUGGACCCCGAUCGACCGAAGGGUUUUGAGCCAUUAAUCGUGUCGGCCAGAGCGUUUCAGACACGAUCAAGGGAUAUUUCAUCGAAGCCCAUCUGA